AUGUUGCCUUGGGCUCCGACUCGAGAUCUAGCGAUUCAAACUCAAAAUUACUUACAAACCUUUGGAGGAGGAAAUCUAGGAACACCAACUGGAGCAGGAGGAGAUCAACCGAACAAUGGAGCUUAUAAUCAUCAAAAUCAGUUUAAUGGAAUGUAUAAUGCUCAUAAUCAACAACAUCCUCAAUCUCAAGUACCACCACCUUCUCAAUCUCAAUCGGGACCACCACAAUAUCCUCAACAACAACAACAGCAGCAACAUUAUCAACAACCACAACAACAGCAGCAGCAGCAGCAGCAACAACAACAACAACAACAACAACAACAGCAAAGACAGCAGCAGCAACAACAACAACAGCAACAACAACAACAACAACAACAACAGCAGCAGCAUCAGUCAAAUCUGAAUAAUGGAGGGAACCCAAACAAUGGUCCGAUCAAUCCAAAUCAACCCACGAUCACUUUACCCCAAGUCUUGCAUUACCUACAAUCAACUCAUCGAACUCAUCUGAGUUUACAAAACAGUUGGGAAAUCGAACGAGCCGAAUUAAGAGCAAGAGUAGCACUUUUGGAAGGAGAAAAACGAUCGUGGGAACAAGCUAAGACUGAUUUAGCUCGAAGAGUUAGAAUGUUAGAAUGGGCUUUGAAAAUGGAAAGAUCGAAGUAUCUUUCACAGAACCAAGCUAAGGACGGUGCUCCUACUCAUACUUUGGCUUUACCGGCUGGUAAACUAGCUGCUUUGAAAAUGGGAGAAAUAAAUGCUAUGACAAACCCAACGGGUGUAGAAACUCCACCUAGACCUGAAAGUCCAAAGUACGAUGAUCCUGCAUUAGCUGCUGGAGUGACUAAUCGAACAAAUGCACCGGUCUUAACAGUUUCAGAAGCAGAUCAAGCAGGUCCUACAAUCUCGAUCGCACCACCUUUACCAGCUGUUGCAGCUCAAAACAUGCUUCGAAUCGGUACGAAUGGAAAUAAUAAUAAUGGUGGAGGUAAUACUUGGGCGGCUGGAACGAUUGGGGCGGGUAUGAAUACGAUGACGGGAACGGGUGGAACGAUUGCUGGGUUUGGAACUACGGCUAUGGGGAUCGGUAGAGAUCCUAAAGCCAGAGCUCGAUCUCGUGAUUAUCUCAAGCAGUGUUUACAAGAAAUCAAUUACCUCACGUCGAUGCCUGUAUUAAAUCCAUUACCACAACAUUCUUCGUUGAUACCAGGGAUCGAAAGACCACGAAAGACAUUAAACGAUCCACAACAACAGCAACAACAACACCAACAAGGUGGUAUGAAUCUUAAUCAUUUUCAAGGUGGUGGUAAUAAUCAAAACCCUCAACAACAAUCCCCUAACGCUCAUCAUAAUCCAAAUCAUAACAUGAUCAUCAAUAAAGCUCAUACGAUCGGAGGAGGUGGAGGAGGAGGGACUUUGUUUGAUCAACAACAACAACAAAAUCGAGGAGGGUUAUAUCAAAUGAAUCCCAACGAUCAUUCUAAUUUUGCCACUGGAGGAGGACCACUACCAGCAGCACCUGUGAUGACCCGAGCUAGGAGUAGUUCAAGACCUAUGAUAGCUGCACCAUCACCACCACCUCAACCGCCAUCUAGUCUUUCAAUCACUAACACCCAACAACCUACACCAGCACCGCCCCCAUCACUAACAGUUGCUAACUUACCAUUACUUUCACCUAGUAGUAAUGUAGAUUUUGCGUCAGCUUCAUCAACUGAUACGAUCAAAGGACUUUCAGUAUUUGAAGAUUUAGAUGAAAGUAGAUUAACAGCGAUCUAUAGACCUGAAUCAUCUGAUGCAUGGAAAGAACAAAUUAGAUUAGCAGGAGAAAAAGAGAAAGAGAGAUUAAAGAAUCUUAAAAAAGUGGUGAAUAAUGAGAAUGAAGGAAAUGAACUUGCUGGGACUGGGACUGGGAACGAAGAUCAAACUCAACGUAGAUCAUCGGUUUCUAAUCCAUCACAAUCUUCAAGUGCUACGACCAAUCCUACGGGAAAUUCGGAGAGUUAUAAGAUGUGGAAACCUAAGCGGACAUUGAGAUCUCAUCUUGAUGCGGCUAGGUGUAUGGCGUUUGAUCGAACUGGACUUGCUAUCGUUUCUGGUAGUGAUGAUUGUACAGUCAAACUUUGGCGUUUGAAUCCAGUCUCGAUCUCAAAUUGGCCUGAAACCGAACCACAAAUCACAUAUCGAGGCCAUUCAGCCACCGUCACAAGUGUAGCAAUUUCAAACUCACCACCCCGAAUUUAUUCAGCUUCAUUAGAUUCGACUGUGAUGGUAUGGUCAUUACCUACACCAGAACAUGAAACGUAUGCACCGUUUGAUUCAAGAUCAUUACUUUCUACAUUUAUUGGACAUACAGAUGGGAUAUGGGAUAUGGUACUCUUACCAUUAAGAUUAAGAGAUGAAGCUUUAUUGGCUACCAUUAGUGCAGAUGGAACGAUUAAGGUAUGGAGUACAGAUGAAUUGAAUUCACCAUUGAAAUUAAGUUGGGGAUAUUAUGGUACGUUGGAAGAAGGAACAGAAGAAAGUCAAGAUUCUGAAAAAGAAGAAGAAUGGGUCAAGCUUGGCAUGAGUUUGGGAAAUGAAAGUGAAGUGAAGAAAGUGAAGAUCACUCCGACUUGUUUGGCAGUGGUUUGGUCUGAUUUGAAAAAAGUGGCCGUUGGGUUUAAUAAUUCGGUCAUUAAGGUUUAUGAACUUGAGAAUGGAAAGAUGAUGAUGAGAUUAAAGAGUGAUGAAAGUUUUGAUGGGACUACUAAUACUCAAGUGAAUUGUAUUAUUACUCAUCCUACUUUACCACUCUUGAUUAGUGCCCAUGAAGAUGGAUAUAUUCGUCUAUUUGACUUAAACACUGGUGCUUGUACACAUUCGAUGAUUGCUCAUUUAGAUUCGAUCACUUCAUUAUCGAUCGAUCCAACCGGACUUUCAUUAGUUUCAGGUGGACAUGAUUGUUCGAUUCGGUUUUGGGAUCUAACUGGAUCUAGAACUUGUUUACAAGAAAUCUCAUCUCAUCGACUUAAAUCAAAUGAAGGAGUCUUAGAUGUCAUUUAUCAUCCGGUCUUACCUUUUGUGGCUUCUUCUGGGGCAGAUGGAACGGUUAAAGUGUUUGGUUAA